AUGGCGGACAAAAAAGCAGUUUGCGUUUCCGUGAAUAUAUUUCUGCGAAAAGUUAUGGUUACAUCGUAAAAUUUGUUCCGGCUCAGGUACAUUCGGUAGAUUUCCAACCAGUUCUUCUCAAUGUUUAUGCUGGUCACUUUCGGGACAAUUCAAAACCAAAAUGGAAAGCGUGAUACUAGUUGUAGUGCUGGCUGUAUUCACACCAGGAAUUUCGGCUCAGUUUAAUGACUCUUAUUAUUUAAUAGAAGUUAAUCGUGAAACCAUCCAGUGUAAAAUGUGUCCGCCUGGUGCUUACUGGAUUCAACAUUGUAGUAAAGACGGUGGCCAGGCAAUAUGUAUGGACUGUCCUUAUGACCGCUUUUCAGAGGACUACAAUCGAGCACUUUAUUGUAAAAGGUGUACUAAAUGUAAAGGAAAUGAUAAGGAAUCUGGUGAAGUCGUGGCGGAGGCGUGUACGCGAUUUCACGACACGAAAUGUGAGUGUAAACUAGGGUACUGGAGAGAAAAAGGAAUAGUCGGAGAUUGCCGAGAAGUGUCGCCGUGUAAGCCCGGAUAUGGUGUGAAGAAAAUGGCGAACAGUCACACUGAUACAACAUGCGAGAGAUGUGUUAAUGGGAAGGCCUUCUCCAACAUCAAUUCCGAGGUGACACCAUGUCAGAACUGUUCAGUUUGUCCUGAGGGAUGGGUGCAGAAAUUGUCAUGUCACGAAACUGAAGACACUGUGUGCAUUCCAAAAGACGAAGAAGAGGACGUCAAGGUUGGACUUUAUGUGGGAGUGACCGUUGGCAUACUUGCGAUAUCUGUGAUCAUCAUUGUGAUCAUCGUCUUCAUCUGUCGGAAAAAAACAACUUUGAGAAAUAAUCGACGUCAAGACAAGCAUGAUGGUGGGGAAGAAGUCAAUACUUUACAGCGAUGGAGUUAUAUACAGUUGAUAUGUACCCAUCAAGACAACAGUAAAUGAACCUAUUGACUUAUCGAAGAGUACUGUGGAAAAAGUCAUUUAAGUGCAAUUGUAAUAUCUAGUUCACAUUUCACAAGGUGAACAGUAAUUUGUCAGUGCGGGUAUAAUUAUUUAGA